AUGACAACUGUGAUGGUUCGCUUCAAAAAUGCCGAGAGGGGAAGGUACCUGGCUCGGCGCGAUGAUAAAGUGAUUGUCUUGCCCAAGGAUGCCCCCUUCACGAAGGAUGAAGUGGCUUGGAGAGUCUGGUCGGAGACGCACAUUGAGGUCCCUGGAGAAAAGAGACGGCUGAUCUGCCAGACCUUACAGUCGAAAGACCUCUCGGAAGGAAUCCUUCUUGCAAACCCCGGAAAGGGAGAAGAUCAGCAUUGGAAGCUGAAGAAAGAUCCACGAGGGGUGAUCAUCGAGAACGAAGGCAGUGGAAGGAGGCUCUUCGCCCAUGAGGGGACGAAUUGGGGAGCAACGAAAGGUUGGCCCGGCGCCGCAGAUCAGGUAUGGGAAAUGAUUCCGCUGAACAGGGAAGGCCAGGAAGAGAAGUCCUUCAAGGACAAACUUGAUGACAUUCCGUGGGACGAGAUCGCCGAGAAAGCAAAGGCCACAGGCGUCUCCAUGAAGGAAGCGGCGGUGGCGAUGGGCAUCUCCAUCAAAGAGAGAGUCGAGGAUAUUCCAUGGGACGAGAUCGCGGAGAAAGCCAAAUCCAUGGGUGUGUCAAUGAAGGAGGCUGCCAAGUCGGUCCCAUGGCAGGAGAUUGCCGAUAAAGCCAAGGCUAUGGGCGUCUCUAUGAAGGAAGCAGCGAUGGACAUGGGUCUCGCGAUAAAGGACAAACUUGAUGACAUUCCAUGGGACGAGAUCGCCGAGAAAGCAAAGGCCACAGGCGUCUCCAUGAAGGAAGCGGCGGUGGCGAUGGGCAUCUCCAUCAAAGAGAGAGUCGAGGAUAUUCCAUGGGACGAGAUCGCGGAGAAAGCCAAAUCCAUGGGUGUGUCAAUGAAGGAGGCAGCCAAGUCGGUCCCGUGGCAGGAAAUGGCAGCCAAGGCACGUGCUAUGGGUGAGGCUGCUGUGGACAAAAUGGAAGACUUGGCUGAGGCAGCCCAGGAAAAGGCAUCCGUUUGGUGUACUUGCUGCGAGUCAUCAGUGGACAAAUCCAGCGAAGUAAACCUCCCACCGGUUUCAAGCAUGAAGGGCUCAGAUGCUGCUUGA